AUGUGGGUCGAGGAGGCCUGGAUCCGCGUGGACAACCUGGAGGCCGUGGACUGGGCUAUCGAGCCGCCAAAGGCGCUCGAUGGUCAUCUUCUGUCGGGCCUGCUCAGCGUCGUGUCCGUAGUGGGCAUGGUCCUCGGCGCUGCUCGCAUCAGCAUCUCUUUCGGCUUGGUGACAGGGCGCCGCUUCUGCGUGCUGUUCGCGCUGCUCUGCUUCGGCCUCAUGGUCCCCGCCGCGGUGUGGCCAUGUCGGAACGUCCUGUACCUCGCCAUGGGCCUCGUCGUGAUCCGCAGGGUGGUACUCCUGGUGGGCUGCGCCGUCCUUCCCCUGAUCGGGUGCAUUGUCAUCGUGUCGCUGAAGCUCAUGCUGCUGCGCUGUGGGGGUGCGCUGCAUUACUCCAGCGUGCAGGCCUUGUUCGCCGUGGUUGCCUCCAUAUACGUGCUGCUCCUGGUCCCUGGCUGCGUGGACAGUCCGUGCCUGGUCGACGGAGCCGUCGUCAUCGCCGCACUCGGGUGCUGGCGGCGGUGUUCAGGGGUCCUGCGUGCGUGCGAUCUGGCGAUGGGUGUGCUGGAGGCCGAGGCAAACCUCCUGAGGAACGAGCGGCGCCGCCGCCGACGCAAGAGGCUUGGGUAA